CCGCUUAUUCACACAACUGAACUGAACAGAACAAAGAAGAGAAUAACCUUAAUCUGAACAGAAAUGGCGAGUGCAACGCUUAUUGCUCUCUUCCUUCUUUCAGCCCUAACUUUCUACGCUCCUUCAAACACCGCUCAAUUUGUCAAGGACUCGAGUGGUAACAUCGUUAAAAAUAGUGGCAGAUUCUAUAUAUUGCCGUCACUAUUAGGAAACUACAGAGGUGGAAUUCGAAACCUUCGAACAGGUAACGAAUCUAUCCCUCUCUCUGUUGUGCAGUCUCCCUUCCAGGACGAUAAAGGGCUUCCAGUUACCAUUAGCUUCGAAUAUAUCCCUGUAGGUGUAGCACUAGUGUCCCUUAGCUUCGAAUAUACUCCUGAAGGAACCCCUCUUGAGUGGACCGCCGUUGAGGGUUUUCCUGAAGGAACCCUCGUUAAAAUUGGUGGUUAUUACCCAAAGCCAAUCAUCGGUUCUUUCUAUAUGAGAGAUUCUAUAUUUGGAACGAAGGACUCCUAUAAUCUUUUGUUCUGCAGAAGCCUCCCGGCUUGCAGUAAUGUUACUAUUGUUAAGAGCGAUGGGAACUUGGUUUUGGCUGUCACUCAGGAGAAUCCAUACGAGUUUUAUCUUGAGACAUAUCUGCCAACAUCUGCUGAUGCAUGAAAAGUCGCGCACUUUCUUCUUGUGAUAGCCGGUGAUACUAUAUGCUUUGGGUGUAAUAAACCAAUGCAUGCUAAAUAANAUAACCGGUAUUUGGUUUUUCUAACGUUCAUAUUUGUACCUGUGCUACUAUAUGCUUUGGGUGUAAUAAACCAAUGCAUGCUAAAUAAAAUAAGCGGUAUUUGGAUUUCCUAUCGUUCA